UUUUAGCGCAUGCGCAUAUGAACUGACGCAUGGAUUGUACUUACGUCAGAGGCCUGCGGGGACGUAACGUGCUACGAAACAGCUGGUUCAAUUUCGGAAAACAUCGUUAUUUUCCGUGAACGAGUAAAGGAUGGAGGAAGAGGCACGCAAGCUUCUCGAAGAGGGAAUAAGAAAGAAACUGAUAAGCCCAGGUAAAGGAGAGCAGCCGACCUUCCCAAAUGGAACCAAGGUCAUCUUUCACUACCGCACCAGCUUGUGUGAUGGCACGGUGCUGGAUGACUCCAGAACCAUGGGGGGCCGCAGCAAACCUAUGGAGCUCAUCCUGGGCAAGAAGUUUAAACUGGCUGCGUGGGAAAGAAUAGUCAUCUCUAUGAAACAAGGCGAGGUCGCAGAAUUCACCUGCGACACCACGCACACAGCUCUGUACCCGCUCGUGUCGCAGUCGCUGAGAAACAUCAGUGUUGGGAAGGACCCUAUGGAGGGCCAGAAGCACUGCUGCGGCAUCGCUCAGAUUCACUCCCACCACUCUUUAGGGCACAAAGAUCUGGAUCAUCUCCAGGCCAACCCACAGCCUCUUGUCUUCACCAUCGAGCUGCUGGAGGUUCUUCCUCCCGGUUCCUACCAGCUGGAUAUGUGGGCCAUGAGCGACCAAGAGAAGCUUGAGCUUGUGCCACAGAUCCAUGAGGAGGGCAACGUGCUCUUCAAGCAAGGCAAAGUUAAGGAGGCCUCGGAGAAGUACUACAGUGCCAUCGCCUGCCUCAAAAACCUGCAGAUGAAGGAGCAUCCUGGAGAUGGAGGCUGGAUAAAGUUGGACCUCAUGAUCACUCCGCUGCUUCUAAACUACUGUCAGUGCCUGCUGCUGCAGGACCAGUACUACGAGGUCAUCGAGCACUGCUCCUCCUUGGUCUUCAAAUACGAAGAUAACGUAAAGGCCUACUACAAGCGGGCUAAAGCUCACGCUGCAGUGUGGAACGAGGAGGAGGCUCGAGCGGACUUUGCCAAGGUGUUGGAGUUGGACCCGACUCUGGAAGCCUCCGUGAACAAAGAGCUGAAGGCCAUGGAGGAGAGGCUGCGCUGCAAGCAGCAGGAGGAGAAGGGUCGCUACAAGGGCCUGUUUGACUUCAACACGCGGCCGGCCGCUGCCACCACAGGCUGAGACGGGUCGGACUUCAAGACGGAGACGACGCUCUUGGUGUUUUGAUUUCAUCUGUGCACUUAAGCCAAACAUGCUGCCAAUCUGCUCAGACACGCGCUGACACCAUCAGCUUGUUUUUAUGUUUAGCCACGAUUUUACCGUCUCUGAAUGUGAAGCUGUGGCUCCGACUGGAACAAAGUCAGUGCCUGUCGUGGCCCGCAGAACCAUUAACCCAGUGCAGCAAUUUCUUUCACUUUAAGGGAACACUUCCUGUUUUGGUAUUUAUUAUUUAGCCUUUUAGGAAUCCAUAAAGUUUUAGUCAGUAAUUGCUCCCAGUAGUGAGCAUCCAGGUUGGAAACCUGUUUUAUAAAAUAUUACUUUUCCCUCUUAUUAUGCUUAAUAAUGAAUUAAUCUUAAUUUUUAUAACAUAAGAGUUUAUCAUAGCACUUGUAACCUAUAGGUUAUGCAUAUUUUCCUACUUUAAGCUGGUGAAUAAUCCUUAAAGCUCCUGUAGUCACUGCUCAGUAUAGAAGCAGAGAAAGCUUCACCUUUUUCUCCACAUCUUGUUUCCACCCGCUCAUCCUUCUGGUCACGGCUGAAGCAGCGUGUUGGAGGCCGGACAGGAAGUGGACCGGUCUGUGACAAUCACUAAACAUGAGGACGUGUUUUCUCUGCUUUUCCAUGCGCUCUUAUUUAGUGGAAGUACGUGAAUGUCGCUGUUGAAAAGUCUGUUUACUACAUGUAACAAUGUGUCCAUCAGUAGCUUUUCUGAAGUGAAACGUUGUGAUGUAACCAAAAAUAAACUCGUUUA